GGCACCGCUGACCGUGUUUCCCUUUGGGGCACCUCUUUAUCUAGAAGCUGAGUUUAGUUUCUUCAGAAAUGAGCCACUUCGCCCCCCUACCCCAUCCUCUUGAAUAAGGAAACAGCCGCCAAGCAUCAGCGGAGCCCCGACGAGCCGGGGCCGCGGAGCCGCUUAAGCAGUCUCCCGGGACCCAGCUCCGGAGGAGCCGCAAGCAUGCACCCUGGGUUGUGGCUUCUCCUGGUUACGUUGUGCCUGACCGAGGAACUGGCAGGAGCGGGAGAGAAGAAGCCCUAUGGCAAGCCAUGUGGAGGCCAAGACUGCAUUGGGGGCUGUAAGUGCUCUCCUGAGAAAGGAGCCCGAGGGCGACCAGGACCAAUUGGAAUUCAAGGUCCAGUGGGUCCUCAAGGAUUUCCUGGCCCUAGUGGUUUAUCAGGGUUGAAAGGAGAAAGGGGCUCCCCAGGACCUCUGGGACCGUAUGGACCAAAAGGAGAUAAGGGUCCCAUGGGAGUUCCUGGCUUUCUUGGCAUCAAUGGGAUUCCGGGCCACCCUGGACAGCCAGGGCCCAGAGGCCCACCUGGCCUGGAUGGCUGUAAUGGAACUCAAGGAGCUGUUGGAUUUCCAGGCCCCGAUGGCUAUCCCGGGCUUCUCGGACCACCCGGGCUUCCUGGUCAGAAAGGCUCUAAAGGUGAACCUAUCCUUGCCCAAGGUAGUUUCAAAGGAAUGAAGGGGGAGCCUGGGCUGCCCGGACUGGAUGGAAUCACUGGGCCACAAGGAGCACCCGGAUCUCCAGGAGCUGUGGGACCCAUAGGACCACCAGGAUUGCAAGGUCCUCCAGGCCCCCCUGGUUUCCCUGGUCCUGAUGGGAAUAUGGGGUUAGGUUUCCAAGGAGAGAAAGGAGUCAAGGGGGAUGUUGGCCUGCCUGGCCCUGCAGGACCCCCACCAUCUACUGGGGAACUGGAAUUCAUGGGAUUUCCCAAAGGGAAGAAAGGAUCCAAGGGUGAACCAGGGCUUCAGGGCUUCCCAGGAAUAAGUGGUCCUCCAGGUCUCCCGGGAUUUGGAAUUGCUGGAGAAAAAGGAGAAAAGGGAAUCCCUGGUUUGCCGGGACCUAGGGGUCCCGUGGGUUUAGAAGGAGUCCAAGGCCCUCCAGGGAGUCAGGGCAAGAAGGGGUCUUCAGGUUUCCCCGGACUUAAUGGAUUCCCAGGAAUUAAGGGUGAAAAGGGUGACAUUGGCCUGCCAGGCCCAGAUGUUUUCAUCGAUACAGAUGGUGCUGUGAUCUCAGGUUAUCCUGGAGACCCCGGUAUGCCAGGCCUCCCAGGCCUUAAAGGAGAUGAAGGCAUCCAGGGCCUGCCUGGCCCUCCUGGUGCUCCUGGAUUACCAGCUUUACCAGGUGGCCCCGGUGCUCUAGGGCUCCAGGGAGUUCCAGGCCUGAAGGGGGACCAAGGAAACCCCGGCCGCACCACAAUUGGGGCAGCUGGCCUCCCUGGCAGAGAUGGUUUGCCAGGCCUACCAGGCCUACCAGGCCCACCCGGUCCAGCAUUUGAGACGGGAACUCUACAGAGCACAGAGCCAGGGUUGCCUGGUCUCCGAGGAGAACGAGGUCCAAAAGGAAACCCAGGCCUCAAAGGAAUCAAAGGGGACUCAGGUUUUUGUGCUUGUGAUGGUGGUGUCCCAAACAUUGGACCACCUGGGGAGCCAGGCCUGCCUGGGCCACCAGGUCUCCUGGGCCUUCCGGGCCUGAAAGGAACGAGAGGAGAUCCAGGCUCUGGGGGUGCACAGGGCCCAUCAGGGGAUCCAGGUGUAUUUGGGCCUCGAGGUCUGGCAGGCCCCAGAGGGAAGAAAGGGGAAGCGACUCUCAGUACGGGAUCAGGGUUGCCAGGAGAUCAGGGUGAUCCUGGUCCCCAGGGGCUCCCUGGUGAGACAGGAGCCCCAGGCAAGGACGGAGUACCAGGUUUACCAGGCCUGCCAGGCUUUCAGGGUGAUGGUGGACAGGGCUUCCCAGGUGAAAAGGGGUUACCAGGACUUCCUGGUGAAAAAGGCCGCACUGGUCCAAUUGGCCCCCCAGGAAUUGGGCUACCAGGAUCUUCUGGACCUCGUGGGCUUCCUGGAGAUAAAGGAGUAGAUGGAUUCCCAGGGCAACCAGGCCCCCCCGGGAUUCCAGGUAUCACCUUGCCUUGUAUUAUUCCUGGGCCAUACGGUCCAUCAGGAUUCCCAGGAGCUCCCGGAUUCCCAGGCCCUAACGGGGCCCGUGGCCUCCCUGGGACUCCAGGCCAGCCUGGAUUGCGUGGAAAUAAAGGAGAGCCCGGAAGUCCAGGAUUGGUUCACCUCCCUGAAUUGCCAGGAUUUCCUGGACCUCGUGGAGAGAAGGGCUUGCCUGGGUUUCCUGGGCUCCCUGGAAAAGAUGGCUUGCCUGGGAAAGUUGGCAGUCCCGGCUUACCAGGUCCCAAGGGAGCCCCUGGUGACAUCAUUGGUGCUGAAAACGGUGCUCCUGGGGAGCAAGGCCUGCAGGGACUGCCAGGGGGCAGAGGAUUUCCUGGAGACUCUGGCCUUACAGGACCCAAGGGUUUGCUUGGGAAGUCGGGCCUGCUCGGCCCCAAAGGUGAGCGGGGCAGCCCUGGAAUACCAGGCCGUGCAGGACAGCUAGGCCCCCGGGGGUCUGGUGGUCUAUUCGGCAUCAAGGGCAAACCCGGCCUCCCAGGAGCACCAGGCUUUCCAGGCACUUCAGGAUAUCCUGGAAAGAAAGGUCCAAGAGGCGAUAUAGGUCCCCCUGCAUCAGCUGGAAAGAGAGGCCUGCCUGGGCUGAAAGGCCUUCCGGGAUCUCCAGGGCUAAUUGGCUUCCUGGGGAACUCCGGCUUGCCAGGGGCCACUGGACUGCCAGGCCUGCCAGGUCCGAAGGGUGAGAAGGGGUCUGUUGGACUGAUAGGUUUUCCAGGGAUUCCAGGUCUCCCUGGUAUUCCUGGUGCAAGUGGAUUAAAGGGAAUUCCUGGGUCGGCGGGAAGAGUCGGACCAUCUGGACAGGCUGGUAGCCCUGGUGUAAAAGGAGACAGAGGCGACCCGGGGCCAGUCGGAGUACCCAGCCCCAGACUUCCAGUGCUGAACCUCCACUUCACAGGAGACAAAGGCUCUCAGGGCUCAGCUGGAUCCAUCGGAUUUCCUGGGCCCAGAGGUGACAAAGGAGAGGCUGGCCGCCCCGGGCCACCAGGCUUGCCUGGAGCUCCUGGCUUCCCCAGCCUCAUCAAGGGACUUAGUGGGAGACCAGGCACCCCUGGCUCCACAGGACUGCGGGGCUUACCCGGCCUGAAGGGGUCCCCUGGAAUCACAGGUUUCCCAGGAAUACCAGGGGAAAGUGGUUCACAGGGUCUCAAUGGAGCUCCCGGGCUCCCAGGAGCAUCUGGUCUCCCAGGUUUAAAAGGAGAUCAAGGCCAGACACUUGGAAUUUCUGGUAGCCCAGGACCCAAGGGACAACCUGGGGAGCCUGGUUUCAAAGGUGUGAAAGGAAAAGAUGGACCAGUUGGUGAUGUGGGUUUCCCAGGAAACAAAGGUGAAGAUGGGAAAGUUGGUAUUUCUGGAGAUGUUGGCCUUCCUGCCUCCCCAGGACUCCCUGGGGUCGCAGGCAUGAGAGGAAAUCCAGGGCUUCCAGGUUCUUCAGGCCACCCAGGGGCAGCUGGGCCCCUGGGACCCCUUGGCCUAAUAGGAACCAAAGGUUUCCCUGGACUUCCUGGUUUACAUGGACUGAAUGGGCUGCCAGGAACCAAGGGAACCCAUGGAACUCCAGGACCUAGUAUAACCGGUGUGCCUGGGCCAGCUGGCCUGCCUGGUCCCAAAGGAGAAAAAGGUUCUCUAGGAAUUGGCAUCGGAGCUCCAGGAAAGCCAGGCAUGAGAGGACCAAAAGGUAGCCGAGGUUUCCCAGGUCUCCAGGGCCCCGCUGGUCUCCCUGGUGCCCCAGGCCUCUCCUUGCCCUCAGUCAUAGCAGGACAGCCUGGCGACGCCGGGCGACCAGGCCUAGAUGGAGAACGAGGCCGCCCAGGCCCCCCGGGGCCCCCAGGCCCCCCUGGGCCAUCCUCGGAUCAAGGCGACCCGGGAGACCCUGGCUUCCCUGGAGUUCCUGGCCCUCAAGGGCCCAAGGGAGACCAAGGAAUUCCAGGUUUCUCUGGCCUCCCUGGAGAGCUAGGACUGAAAGGCAUGAGAGGUGAGCCUGGCUUCAUGGGGACUCCAGGCAAAGUUGGGCCACCUGGAGACCCAGGACUUCCCGGGAUGAAGGGGAAGGCAGGGCCAAGAGGCUUAUCCGGCCCCCGAGGCGCUCCUGGACAAACACCAAUUGCAGAAGACAUCCAGGCUCCUCCUGGACCCAUGGGUCUAACAGGCAUCGAUGGCAUCCCUGGCCUCAUGGGGGACCCUGGGGUCCAAGGCCCUGGAGGCCUACAAGGCUUCAAAGGUUUACCUGGCAUCCCUGGCAAAGAUGGCCCCAAUGGACUCCCUGGCCCACCUGGGGCUCUUGGUGACCCUGGUCUCCCUGGACUGCAAGGCCCUCCAGGAUUUGAAGGAGCUCCAGGGAAGCCGGGCCCCUUUGGGAGGGCUGGAGUGCCUGGGCAGAGCGUGAGAGUGGGCUACACCUUGGUGAAGCACAGCCAGUCGGAACAGGUGCCCCUGUGCCCCGUCGGGAUGAGCCAGCUGUGGGUGGGUUAUAGCCUGCUGUUCGUGGAGGGGCAGGAGAAAGCCCACAACCAGGACCUGGGGUUUGCUGGCUCCUGCCUGCCCCGCUUCAGCACCAUGCCCUUCAUCUACUGCAACAUCAACGAAGUGUGCCACUAUGCCCGGCGCAACGAUAAAUCCUACUGGCUCUCCACCACCGCGCCCAUCCCCAUGAUGCCCGUCGGCCAGACGCAGAUUCCCCAGUACAUCAGCCGCUGCUCUGUGUGUGAGGCGCCCUCACAAGCCAUUGCUGUGCACAGCCAGGACAUCACCAUCCCGCAGUGCCCCCUGGGCUGGCGCAGCCUCUGGAUUGGGUACUCCUUCCUCAUGCACACGGCCGCCGGCGCUGAGGGCGGGGGCCAGUCCCUGGUCUCCCCUGGCUCCUGCCUAGAGGAUUUCCGAGCCACUCCUUUCAUCGAGUGCAGUGGUGCCCGGGGCACCUGCCACUACUUUGCCAACAAGUACAGCUUCUGGCUGACGACGGUGGAAGAGAGGCAGCAGUUUGGGGAGGAGCCCGUAUCUGAGACGCUGAAAGCCGGGCAGCUCCACACCCGGGUCAGCCGCUGCCAGGUGUGUAUGAAAAGCGUGUAGGGUGGCACCUGCCACUCUGCCCCUUGCCCUCCCCUGCCCCACACAACGGUCACCUCACAAACCUGAACGGUCUGAAGAAGGAAGGCCAAGCCCUUCUGCCCAUCUGUCAAGUUGUCCAUUGGAGUCUCGCUUGGGCUGGACCGCUGGACACUGAUCACCUCCACCCUCAGGCCCCACGGUGAGCCCACCCCGCUGGGAGCUGCUGUCCCAUUUCGGUGCUACAGUUUGGUUUGGAUGUUUGUGUGACUCUUCGUGGCUACCUCAGAAAGACCUGCUGGGCCACCACUUUCUUAGAAUGCUAGCUUUCCUCACUCUCUUGAUCAGAAAGCUCUUCGUGAUAGCUAAGGAGUCAUUUCAUUAUGUCCAGAGGUCACCGCACAUCACUUGGCUUAAACCAGAACCCAGUGUUUCCACGUGAAAAAAAUUUCUCUGGCUCAACAUUAUGGAUGGCUCAAGCCUGCACAGGGCAAGCUCUCAACUCUUCCCGGAGACCCACUGUGUCUAGGCAGGCAGCAGAGCUGGAAUGAGGUGCCAGCCAGUGUCCCGGGGUGCGCUCUGACUGCUUCGAGAGUGAGCACGACUGGGCCCCAGAUUGCUUAGGGACGCUGGAAGACCAGCAGCCGAGAGGUGCUCAUUAACGUCACAUGGUCGUAGACAAAUCACUUCCUCCUUGCCGGCUCCCUCCCCAGCCACAGGCAGCAGACUUGGCCUGGUUCAGAGUAGAGCAGAGGAUGCACCAAAUGUGGUCAGACCCAUAAAGGGAAAUGAGAACCGCAGCCCUUUCUCCCGGGCCGGGGGGGAGAGGGGAGGAUGGGUAAGGAGGUGUGAAUUUUGCUUUUGACUCCAGGAAAAAAAAGGAAAAUCCCUUGUCCCAAUUUCUCAGAAGCCCCUGUUUAUUCCAAAUGCCAUUCAGAUGUGUGCAGUGUGGCAAAUCGACACUGCAGUGUUGGUUCCUUUGCAUUUUGAGGCUGUGAGAGACUUUCCACUAAAAUGUCCAUCCAAUUGCUGUUUCACAGGUAGCCUGUUAAACCAUUUUGAUAUGUUUUUAAAGCCUCAUAAAAAUCUAGCACAGUCCUCUCUUUAGCAGUUAGCAGACCCAAAACAAGCCUGAGUAGACUGUAAAGUAUAUUCUGUUUAGGGGGAUUUGUUUUAACCAUUUCCUUUAAUUAUCAGUUUCCCAGAACACUUAGCUAUGUUGACAUGAGGCAAUUCCUUCCAGGUGAUUCUGUUUCCUUAAAUAUUAUGUAAACUGUGCCAACACAGACAAAGCAUAAUCAGUAUAACCUGAACUACUGUUACCUUCACCUCCUCAGUAAUAAGCAUGGUGUCAGCUUUGUACAUUGCAAA